AUGGACAAACUAAAUACGUUCAAAUUGAAUGAUUCAAGAACUUUAUUUAAUUUAUCAAAAAAGUUAAAUAAUCAACGAAAUUUCUUUCAAGUAUUCUUAAAUGAAAACCAAUACAAAAUUAUAAAUUUCAUACUAUCGUUAGAUAAUUUCGAAAUAUGGCAAAAUUUUCUAGAUGGAAACGUUGAUUUACGAUACAAGAAAGUGGAAAAUUCAAAAGAAGAAGAACUAAUUGAAAAACCAGUGUUGGAUAAAUUAGAUGAAAGUGAAACAGAAGAACCUAAAUCAAAAGAAUCAACUACAUUAGAUAAUAACGGUACGGAAAAAGAGUCUCAAUCGGAACUAAAAGAAUCAGAACUUUUAUUAUCAACUCAAAAUGAAAUUGAAAGCAAUCCAGAUAUAAUCUUCGAAGAAGGAAAUAAAAUGAUAAAAAAAUUAGCACUACAUAUUAGAUAUUUAUUAUGGGAGAAAGCAAUUGAUUUUUAUUACGAAGUUCAAAGAUUAGAUAAUGAAAUGAAUCAAAUUGAUGAAAUAAAUGAUGACUAUGAAUUAAUAGAUUCCUUGGAAGUUGAAAAUGAAAAAGAAAAAGAAGUAGAAGUUGUAAAACCUAAAGUACGUGAAGUUGAAGAUGAUUAUGAUUUUGAUGAUGAUGAAGAAGAAGAGGAAGAACCAAAAGAAACACCAACCAAAGAUGAGAAUAUACUACUGUUCAACGAUGAUAAUCAAUUAAUACUAGAAAUACCUAUAUCAAUUUUCAAAACAAAAGAAUCGCAACCACAAGAAGAAGAUAAAGAAGAAUCGAGACCAGAAACUAUAGAAACCAACAAAGAUGAUCAAGAUAAAUUGAUACAAGAAUUCAACAAAGUCUACCAUAAUUUCGAAUAUGAUAGAGAAACAUUAAUUAAAAGAAGGAAAUUAGAACAAUCAGAUUUACAAAUGGAGAAUGUCAAAAAUAAUUCAACAAAUGAAAAAUCAGCUCAAAAACAUCAAAGUAAUAUGGAUAUAGCAUUAGGUAUGUCAUCAACAUCAUUAAGACAAUUAUUGUCCAAAGUUCAUUCUACUCGAGAUAAAAUUGGAUUAAAUGAUAAUGAAUUAAGAACUUUAUUCAUGGAUGUACGGAAAAACAGAGGCAAAUGGGCCAAUGAUGAAAGAGUUGGUCAAGAAGAAUUAUAUGAAGCUUGUGAAAAAGUUGUCACUGAAUUGAGAAAUUUUACUGAACAUUCAACUUUUUUCUUAAAUAAAGUAUCUAAAAGAGAAGCUCCAAAUUAUGGUUUAAUUAUAAAAAAGCCAAUGGAUUUAAAUACUGUUUUAAAAAAAUUGAAAAAUUUAUCAUACAAUUCCAAAAAGGAAUUUGUUGAUGAUUUAAUGCUUAUUUGGAGUAAUUGUUUAACAUAUAAUGCUGAUCCAAAACAUUUUAUACGAGCUCAUGCUGUUGCAAUGCAAAAGAAAUCAUUAAAAUUAGUUCCAUUAAUUCCAGAAAUUGUAAUCAAAAAUAGAUCGGAUAUAGAAAAAGAAGAAGAAGAAAAUGAAAUUAAAAAGGAAGAUGAAGAUGAAGGUAGCGGUGCUGGUAAGAAACUGGCUAAAAAGGGAAGAAAACGAACAAGACAAGACGAGCUUAAAUCCGAAGCCGCUGUUGAUGUUGGUGGUAAAUCUAGUCCAUCAGGUGUUGCUACUCCUAUUCCAAUUGAAGAAACAAAUGGUCAUCCAAUACCUAAUGAAGAAGAAGAGGAAGAAGAAGAAGAAAAUGAGAAUAUUAAUAAUGGGUCCACAUCAAACGAAGAAGAAGAAUUUGAUCCUGAACUACAAGCCUGGAGAACAUUAACUGCAAAAUCAAGAGCUAAUUAUUGUGAACAAAGAUCAAACUUAUUUGAAUCAACAAAUCUACAUUUAAAACCGGAUGCUCCUGCAAUAAUAAGAAGAGGAAACGAAAUGCUUAAAUUUGAACAUUACCUAACAAACAAAUCAGUUGAGUCCAAAACAUCAAAUUUAUUAGAUCAAGAUGAUCCAUAUUUAAUAGAAUAUGACGUUGAUAAUGGUAUCCCUGGUUUCAAAUAUGCUGGUACUAAUGAAACCCAAGAAGAGGAAGCUGAAAAUAAAUUAGUUGACUUAGAGCUACAAAAAUCAGUUGGUGAUUCAUCAAAUUAUUUUUGUCUUUCCAAUGAAAAAGGUUUAAACAAAGUUUAUUUCAAUAAUAUAUCAAUGAUGCAAGAGAUCCGUAGAAUUUGUUUCAAAAUCGGAUUAGUUCGUCAAUUACAAAGUUCAUCAUAUUUGCAUCAUACAGAAAUGUAUCAAAAUGAAACAGAAGCAAUAAAAGAAAUUGAUAUUGAUGCUAUAUCAAAAUUACCAAAUCAUGAUAUAAAUAAUGAAGAUGUUCAAUAUGCUGUGUUACGAAGAAAUGUAGCUAAGAUUGCAAUGCAAACAGGAUUUGAAAAAACUGAAACUAAAACUAUUAAUUAUUUAACUGAUGUUGCUAUUAAAUAUAUUACUAGUCUUGUGAAACUGAUGAAAUUAGAAACUGAAAAAAACAAUUUAUCAAGUACUGAUGUGUUAUUACUGGCAUUAGUAACCAAUGGUGUUUCGAAUCCUGAUCAAAUUCAUAGUUUUAUACAAGAAAGACUUUUGAAACAGAGUUCAAAAUUAAAAGAUUUAAAAGAAUCACUUCAAAAUUUUUUAAGAGAUCUAUUGUCAACAAGUUUGGGAGAUCUUAACGAAAAGAAUUUCGAUGAUAAUUCUGAACAAUAUAUUACUGGUGAUUUUUCAGGUACUAUAGGAGAAGAUUAUUUUGGAUUUAAAGAAUUAGGACUAGAUCGAGAAUUAAAUAAUUUCAAUUCAUUAUCUAUACCAAUCCAUUUAUUACAUCAGCGAUUACAACAACAAGCACAAAACGGUACUAGAUCAAGUAAAGACAAAUACCAAGAUCUAACAGCUUACGAACCAGAAAGAUUAAAGGCAUCAUCAAUUCAAAAACAAAUUAAAUUAUUAUUACCUUUUUUCAAUAACGUAUUAGAAAAAUCAAGACAACAAUAUAUUAAAAAUCAGAAAAAAAAGGGAGGAUCUAUUGAUUUACCUGAUGAUGAAGAAUUUUAUUUGGUUGAAGAUGAUGAUUUACCUCAAAAACAAAGAAAUAUAAGACCUAAAUUACCUCCAAGUGGUAAAAUUACUACUAUUAAAAAGAAAAUUAUUGCAAAUAGUUUUUUCUUAGACUAA